AUGGAGGACGAAUCUUCAUCACUCGAUAUGGAUCUCAUGGAAGAGAGAGAAGAACCAAUGGUGUUUCCUUCCGAGAAAGAUCGUACUUUGAUAAAAACCCCUUUUCUAAAACCCUUUGUAACCUCCAUCGAUGGUUCAAUAGCAGAGCUUCCUCAUCGUCGUCGACGUCUCUCUGUUUCUGCAUCGUCACACCUAAAGCACACCUUCUCGGCGAUUUCCUUCACUGGUUUUUGGUUUGCCGGUGAUCGUUUCAAAUCAUGGGCUGCAAAAAUGGAAGCUUUGCACGAACCCACUUGGAGAAAAGCUGGGAUUUUUGAAGCGAUCAAGGCAUCAACACACAAAAUCCUCAAAAACCAGUCUUUGCUUCUUGCUCUUGUUGAGAAAUGGUGUCCUGAAACAAAAUCUUUCGUCUUCCCUUGGGGUGAAGCAACCAUAACGCUAGAAGAUGUGAUGGUGAUUCUAGGGUUUUCUGUUUUGGGAACUCCGGUUGUUGCCUCUUUAGAGAGCGCAGAGACGAGAGACUCCGUGGAGAAACUGGAGAAAGCAAGGCAAGAAAUUAUGAACUCAGCUGGUCGUGCGGGCCAGGAAAAAUGGUUCUCGAGUUUCAGAAACAGAGAUGAUCAAACGGAGCAUGAAGCUUUCCUUGCGCUGUGGCUUUCACAUUACGUUUUUCCAGAUAAGUCUCAUCGUUCUGUUUUGAGAAAUGUUCUUCCGUUUGCUGUUCGUUUAUCUAGAGGUGAAAGGAUUGCUCUUGCGGUUCCUGUUCUCGCAAGUGUAUACAGAGAUUUAGGUCAAAUCCGGUCCUUUGCUAGAGAUGAUGAUUCUACUAAAAGUCUUGUUCUCACAUCGCUGUUUAAGUUAGUCCAAGUUUGGGCCUGGGAGAGGUUUAAGAACGUUAGACCAGAAGCUAAAGAGAUACCUAGAGGCGAACCAAGAAUCUCUCGGUGGGGCGGUUUGCAAAAGAAACUACUUAAGGAUGUGAGAUUGAGUCUUGAUGGUUUCGAUUGGCGUCCGUACACGAAACCUUUAAAGAAUUGGAACCCUCUUCGGGUUUACGUCGAAGAAGCUAUGUGGAUAACUAUUAAUAACAACGUUGAUGACGAGUUUGUUGUGUUUGCUCGGUGUGUGAGGAGUUCUCAGCUUGUUGGGAAUGGUUUUGUUGAGGAUUACAAUCCAAACCGAGUGGCAAUGCAAUUCGGUUUAUCUCAAGAUCUUCCUGGUUUGGUUAGUGAUCAUCAUCAUAGAGAGUUGACAAUAAAGGAAGCAUGGGAGUAUUACAAUCAAUCUCUUGAUGGGUUAAAGCUGUACAUGCCUUCUCGUCUUGCUACAACUUCUGUUACCGCAAGAUAUAGAGAAUGGUGGUUAAAAUCAGUUUCAAAGUAUCUUGCAUUUGAAGAAUCAUCUGAAACUUGUAAUGCAAGUAAUACAGAUGAUGAUGCAUCUCUUAAGGUACUACCGUUGGAUCAACUGCUUCGGAACAUGAAGGAAGGGUUUCCUGCAAAGCUCAGACGACGUAGGACGCGUAGAUUAACAAGAAAAUUGAGAUAUGAGAUAAAGAAAGGCAAGAUAAGUGAUUUUGGUGGAUCAGCUUCAAUAGGAGUGCCACUUGGUCGUUUGUUUCAGAAGGAGUUAGUGAAGAGGACAAGUGACAAACUGAGAAACAAGAGAGGCAAGCGAGGUCGUGAGGAAAUUUCAAUGGAUUACAAAGACGAUGGUGGAGAUGAUGAUAACAUGCCCAUUGCUCAGUUGAUAAAAUCUAGAGAGAAAAGUGGAGGAAAUGCUUUUGAAUCACUUGGAAAAAGAAGAAGACUUGAGCUUGUUUCUGGUCAUGAUGAAGAAGGAACUAUAAGCAAAGCGGAGAAGGUUAGUGUUCUGGUUUUAUCUGAUGAUGAAAACAACUCAUUAGAUUCUCCUCUUGUUGCUUCUAAUAGAGUAUUUGAUGAGAAGAAAGAUGGUGGUGAUGAUGAUUAUGAGGGGUGGAAGCAGAGAGCGCUUGCAAUAGAUGAGCUAACAUUGAAGCUAGAUGCUGACAAGAGCGAAGUCCAACCACGACAAACCAAGCUCACAAACGAUACAGCAGAGGAGCCAAUAGGAAGGCAGGCGACAAAAGGCAGAACCAGAGAGACAAAACGCUUGCAAGUACGAGGAAAUAACAUCAUCAAAGGGAAAAGCAAAUACCUUAAGCAGAAACGGGAUCGAUCCAAGUGGACCGAAAAGAGCAGAACACCAAAGGCUGACCGAAGUAGACAGAAGCCCACCACGAGCCAAAACCAACAGCAGUCGAGGAGACAAGCUCCGCCGGAGAGAUCUAACGGAAGAUCUGCAGAAAAGGAGGCGUUCGCGGUAGAUCCGCACCGAAGAUCCAAAGAUCCGGCGUCAAUCCUCACAUUAAGACCAAAGAUCCAUCCGUGGCUGAAGCUUUCCAACCAAUCCCGAGCCCGCCAAGAGACGAAACUCUAUGCUCCAAUCGAAAAACCAGGACCAUGCCCCAAGAAACACUAA